UGCAUCAUUAGGUCGAGAAGACUACCACUGGUUAAGGUGGAAGAGAUAGCACAGACAAUUGAUUCUCAUAACUUUACAGCACAUAACUCUAUCCUGUUUUCUGGACCACUGGCUACCACUUCCUUUAGCACCAGUGCAAAAUUUGAAGUCCGAAGUCCAAAGCAUUUUCAGUUCGAGGAAGGCAUUGUCGGCAUCCCCCAGUUGAUAGACUCCGUUGUGUUGCUAGAAAGAAGGAUUGAUCUUACUCCAUUCAAAGGCAUAAUCUCCUCGCUUCAAGACACAGCUUCAUAUGUAGUAAAGACCACCUCCAACCAACCACCAUUGAAAUUCAACAUCCCAAACGACACCAAUGCAGAAUUGUGGUUGCUCACUAGAUACCUUGACGAAGAGCUUUGGAUCUCGGGAGGAGAUGUAGGGAGCAUAUUUAUACUAAUAAAGCGAGGGAGC